AUGGGUACGGGGGUUCAAGCAGAGAAUGACCCAAAGCCCACGUCCGGCUCAAUGCCACUGUCCCCCGCGACGCUGGUCAAGAAUCGUCGGAAACGCUAUCUGGAUACCCAUCCGGAGUAUUUCUCUGCUGAUCUCGAGCUAGCCGACCCGUUGCUGUACGAUCGCUUGAUCCGCCGAUUCCAGACACCGGCGGAGCGAGAGGCUGAAGGGCGAGCCAAAGGGUUCUCGGGCAUCCUUCAAGCGGACCUUUAUCGUUCGGAGGCCAAGAUGGAUGCCCUGUCUCAUCCGGAUCCCAAUGCAAUGUUUAGCUAUAGCCGUGGCCCGAACGGGGAAAUCCUCGCGGAGGACAAAGAUGAGAUACCGACGAGCAAGGAAGAAGGUGAAAAGACCUGGCAAUGGGAGAUGACACUGCGAUUUAUAAGGGGCGAAGACCACGACUUCGACUAUGCCACUGUUGAUGAGAAUGACGAUUAUGAUGACUGGAACGAAGAGCAAGAGCGAUAUUUCGACGAUGAAGAACCUGAAUGGAUCGUCGAAGGUACAAGUGGCGGUGACGUCAGAUCGAGACUACAAGGAGAGACGGGUGUUCAAGACUUUUGA